CGAUGGCGGGUCUCGCUUUUCCACCCUCCCCCCCGCUUCUCUGUGCUGCCCGCCUCUUUUCCUGUUGCUGCUUCUCUUGCCCACCCCGCUUCUGGCUCAGAUUGAUUCUGAGCUUGGCCGUGCGAACUUCAGAACGGCGCUGCACGACCGAGGCUUUUUCUUGGGCGGCUCUCUCAUCAGAGAAUUUAAAAAGGUCCCCGCGCAUAAGGGCGUCGAGGAGACUGGAAUCAGCUGGGAGAACAGGUUCUGA